UUAAAGUCAUUAUGCAAAUCUUCAAAGUUAACGUCUGGCUCAAGAGAAAGAAGCUUGCUUGCCCCUUUCACCACCUCCUCCUCCAUAUAAAAGGUAUCGUUCCUAAUUUGAACCGUCCUUUUCUUCUCCAAACUCCAUUUUCCCCUCACGAUUUUAUCAUCUCUCAUAUGAUCAUUACCCAAAAAUCUUCUUCUUGGUUCAUGAAAAUCCCACAAUUAGCUUGCUAGCAGAUAGAGGAAUACAUCUUUGCUCAUUUUGUUUUUGAUUUUUGAUGCUAUGGUUGCACUCGGUUUCCUUAGCAAUCAUUCCAUGAAACUUUCUUGUAGAUUCCUUAUGACUCGAAAGAGUCCGGGUAUUUUCGGGUCUGCAAAAUACCUUCAUACGUUAACCAGCAAUUUAUCAAGAAAUCAUGUCUGUUUUGAUUAUAACAAACAGUUUUCCGCAUACCCUUUUCGAAUCUGCGGAUUUCGAAGCGCGAUCAAUAAUACCCAGAAAAUUUUUUGUAUACCCAAGACCAAUUUUGGCCAAUCUGGGCUUAUAUCAUUUGCUCAUGAUGAUUGUACAAGAAGAAGAACAAGCAGGGGCGUUUCUGUUAUUGCUAGUUUUGCAUCAGAAGUGAAGGGAUAUUCAACGUCAGUCGAGACCAGGGUAAAUGAUAAGAAUUUUGAGAGAAUUUAUGUGCAAAACGGAAUUGGGGUUAAGCCUUUGGUAGUUGAGAAGAUUGAUAAAGACGAGAAUGUUGUGGGAGAGGAAGCGUCUAGGAUUGGAAUUGCUGUUCCUGAUGAAGGUGAAAAUGUGAACACUGAGAAUUUGGAGGGUGUCAAAGGAGUUGAGAUUACGAGUCCUAAGAGGGAGGAGUCGGAUAUUGAAAAAGAGGCGUGGAAGUUGUUGAAUGAUGCGAUUGUUAUGUAUUGUGGGAGUCCUGUAGGGACGGUGGCUGCAAACGAUCCAGGGGAUAAGCAGCCAUUGAAUUAUGAUCAGGUGUUCAUUCGUGAUUUUGUGCCUUCAGCUCUUGCAUUCUUGCUUAGAGGAGAAGGAGAGAUUGUGAGGAAUUUCCUGCUUCAUACCUUGCAAUUGCAGAGUUGGGAGAAAACAGUUGAUUGCUAUAGUCCGGGACAGGGGUUGAUGCCUGCUAGUUUUAAAGUCAGAACUGUGCCUCUUGAUGGCAAUAAAUUUGAAGAAGUUCUAGAUCCAGAUUUUGGCGAAUCAGCUAUUGGCCGUGUCGCACCUGUGGAUUCUGGGUUGUGGUGGAUUAUUUUACUGAGGGCAUAUGGGAAAAUUACUGGUGACUGCACAUUGCAAGAAAGGGUGGAUGUUCAGACGGGCAUAAAACUGAUCUUAAACUUGUGCUUAACUGAUGGGUUUGAUAUGUUUCCUUCUCUGUUGGUCACUGAUGGCUCUUGCAUGAUAGAUCGACGAAUGGGUAUUCAUGGUCACCCCCUUGAGAUCCAAGCCUUAUUCUACUCUGCUCUGCGUUGCUCUCGUGAGAUGCUGACUGUAAAUGAUGGGUCCAAGAAUUUGGUGAGGGCCAUUAACAACAGACUCAGUGCACUGUCGUUUCAUAUUAGAGAAUACUAUUGGGUGGAUAUCAAAAAGAUCAAUGAGAUUUACCGGUAUAAAACGGAAGAGUAUUCCAUGGAUGCCACCAACAAGUUCAAUAUCUAUCCUGAACAAAUUCCUUCUUGGCUCAUGGAUUGGAUACCAGAGGAAGGUGGGUAUCUUAUUGGGAACCUACAGCCAGCACACAUGGAUUUUAGGUUUUUCACUCUCGGAAAUCUUUGGUCUAUUAUUUCGUCUUUGGGUACCCCAAAACAAAAUAAAGCUAUUCUAAAUUUGAUUGAAGCUAAAUGGGAUGAUAUUGUUGGACGUAUGCCUCUUAAAAUAUGUUACCCUGCACUGGAGAAUGAGGAUUGGCGUAUAAUCACUGGCAGUGACCCAAAGAAUACCCCUUGGUCAUAUCAUAAUGGUGGAUCGUGGCCAACACUUCUUUGGCAGUUCACAUUGGCAUGCAUCAAGAUGGGCAGACUAGAACUAGCCCAGAAGGCAGUAGCUUUGGCUGAAAAAAGACUUGCAGUUGACCGCUGGCCUGAGUAUUAUGACACACGUACAGGAAAGUUCAUCGGAAAACAAUCUCGACUUUGUCAAACAUGGACAAUUGCUGGGUUCCUGACGUCAAAAGUUCUCUUAGAGAAUCCACAGAUGGCAUCAAUGUUAUUAUGGGAGGAAGACUAUGAGCUUCUUGAAAUCUGUGUUUGUGCACUUAGCAAGACUGGCCGGAAGAAGUGCUCUCGAGUUGCUGCUAAGUCGCAGAUUCUUGUGUAGAGGGUGACAGCCAUUCUGUCAAAUGCAAGAAUGAAUCUGUUAGUUCUGUACAGCUUGGAGUUUAGGAGAGGCUUACAAGAGUCCUAUAAAUGAGGAAUUUUGAACCUCUCUAUUGUAACGUAUGCUAGCAAUUUCUUACAACACUGUAUGAAAGUCUUGUUCUACUGAUCCGAUUAAUUAGCUAAGUUGAUUGGUCAUAGAAUUUUGAAGUACUAGGGUUUAGUUGAGGGACCUUUACAAGUUUAUAUUGCGGUUCCUUACAUAGCCACUUUGUACAUUACUAAAUUAUUUAUUAUUAAAUGUCAUUUUUUAUAUAUAUAAA